CUCCUCUCUCGCUUUGCUCUCUGUCUUCCAUUCAGAUCCCCUCGUCCGCGAUCGUCGAAGCCAGGCCAGGGCCAGGCCAACAAGCGGCCAACCAAACACAGCUGCGCAACGAAUCCCACAGCCCGAGGCCCGAUCUAGCGCCGGCGACUUGGGGUCCGCCAGCGCCCCGCCAUGCCAUCCUCCACCGCGUCGUGGUCGCGCUACGGUGCCGUCCCGACCUCCCCCCCUUCGCCGCCGCCGCCGCCGCCGCAGCUCAGGCCGGAGGACGACGCCGCGGGCGGCGAGGCGGCGCCCUCGCCCUCGGUCUCGGCUACGGCGGCGGAGGCCGGGGUCGCCUUCUUCUCCCGCGCGCGGGCGUUCGCGGGGGCGGGGCGGCCGCGCGCGUGGCGGGAGGUGCUGGACCCGACGGCGUUCUCGCGGCCCGAGAGCUGCGGGGAGGCCCGCGCGCGGGCGCGCCGCAACCUCGCCUACUUCCGCGCCAACUACGCGCUGGCCGCGCUCGCGCUCGUCUUCCUGGGCCUCGUCUACCGCCCCGUCUCCAUGCUCGUGUUCCUGGCGCUCUUCGUCGCCUGGCUCGGGCUCUACUUCGGCCGCGGCGACCGGGGCCCGCUCGUCUGCCUCCGCCGCGAGGUCGACGACCGCGCCGUGCUGGCCGCGCUCUCGGCGGCCACCGCGCUCGCCGUCGCGCUCACCCGCGCGGGAAUCAACCUCCUCGUCUCCCUCGCCGUCGCCGCCGUCGCCGUCGGCCUGCACGCCGCCUUCAGGGUGAACCUGUACGUCGACGAGACGGACGCGUUCGAUGUCGCUGGCACCUCGUUCACGGAUAGCCGAUACGGGUACGCGCUCCCUAGAUGAUGAGUCGAUGACAGCGGCAGGCAUUCAGCUGAUGCGGUUCUGCUCAUCGUGAGGCAGGGGGGGGGGGGGGGGGGGGGGGGGGGGGGGGUCCUUGGUGGCCCUGAUCCGUCCUCAGGUUUUGCAAGGUGUUCAUGAUCAUGGGUGCUGUGACGUUCUUAUUGUGUUCUUAAGUAACCCAUCACUCUCUUCUGGUCUGCAUCCUAUGUAUAGCGAUUUUCGUGCUGAGUAAUUUAGGGUGAUUUUUACUUGGUUUUGGUACUGAGCGUAGUUUUUCCGGGUAAAAUUUACGUAAUCGGUAGUGAUUUGAAUCCGUUUGAUUGAAGAAAUAAAUUCGAAGUC